AUGUCCGGUCCCCAAUGGGAGCCGUACCACUGGCUCCAACUUAUAUCCGGUCCUCAAUCAGAGCUUUGGACAGGUCCGGAUCCCUAUCCACCGUCUGGUAAGGGACAGAUGUGCGGUCCCCAAUGGGAGCCGUCGACGGCCGUAGGGUGUUGUGCAACAAGGACAUACAUACCUAUGCUCACUACAGGGCGCGGUCCCCAAUGGGAGCCGUCGACGGCCGUUGGUCAGCAAUACGGACCCCUCACCCAUGCGGUCCCCUUUGGGAGCCGAUGGAAUGUGUACCGGACGGCUGACCAGGAGGGUACCACUAUGAAUCUAGGGUUAGGAUGA